UAUGCACUGGUGUGCAGUCAUGUUGGAACAGGAAGGGGUCAUCCCCAAACUGUUCCCACAAAGUUGGGAGCUUGAAAUUGUCUAAAAUGUCUUGGUAUGCUGAAGCAUUAAGAGUUCCUUUCUCAAGCCAUCACCUGAAAAACAACACCUGAAUUCAAUAAUUUGGAGAAGUGCCCCAAGACCUUUGGCAAUAUAGUGUUUGAUAACUCAUUAUUGGCUCUCACAUUCUUUCCUCUAACUUUUUUAUCACAAAGAUCCUGCAAUUUUAACAGGGUUGUGUUUUAACACACUGUUUUAUAUUCACUGAGUUACUGAAUGAUUAUGUCAAAAAAGUCAUCUGAUGUACAUUUUAACUUAUGUCUUAUAACUGAAAAUAACUAUUAAUAAUAGUUUAAGGUGGCAACACUUGGUGGCAGAUUCUAAAAAGAUUGCCAUUACCUCAUCUCCAGCACCCGGGAUCCUUAUAUAGCCCCACCAUGAGGAAUGCAAUACCCCAUAUGUCAUGUGUGUCUAUUGCUUUCUUUCUUUAGUUGUUAUUUUUGAACUAGACUUCAUUUUUAACCUGGGGUGGGUUUUGUGACUGGUAUGUAAUGAGUGUACCAAAAAUAGGAGGGCUACAACUGAAACUGUAUCACAAGCUGUCAGUGCACUCCUUAGACAUGAGAGAUAAACAGAUGUUGGAAGGCAGACAGAAAUCUAGCUAUAGUAGGUGACUGUGUCUGAGGUCUUUCGUUAUGCGGGUAGCCGUGCUUCAGUUUUUGGCCGGCUUCUGCGGCUGUCUGGGAUUCUUGUUUUUUCUGCUUUCUCUCGGUACAGACUACUGGCUCUUAUCCUUGGAGUCAUGUGAUCCACAAGACAAAAACACAGAAAAACUAAGGAGAGUCACUGGAAAGGAUGGCCUAAAGGAAGACAAAAAUGAUGCUAAAAGCACAGUCCUGACCUACCAUGAAGGCAUUUUUUGGAGAUGCUCCUAUAGAACAGACAGAGACGAGGAGAGCAUACUGGAUUUUUGGAUCACCAACCAACCAGCAGAGAAGAUCUGCAUGCCUGUUUACCUUUCUGAUGAUCCUCUACCUGACAAAGGAAGAAGCACUUUAAAUGCAGAUACAACGUUGCAUAGGACUUUUUGGUGCAUCAUGUCCAUCCUGGCUUUCACCAUGGUUAUGAUUGGUGUGUUUGUGACAGUCUGCGGCAUCCCAACAGCCAACCGCCGCCUUUAUGAAGCUGGAGGUGCUCUUUUCAUAACUGGUGGAUUCUUGCUUUUGGUUGUGGUGGUGACAUUUGCCUUAUGGGUGCAGGUCUCAGGCUCUCUGGAGCGUUACAUCCUCCAGCGCAGGUCUUCCAUAUGUCCAAACCUGCACCUCAAUCUGUACUAUGGGCCAUCAUUCAUGUUGGCACCCCCUGCCUCCUUCUUCAGCAUCAUCUGUGGCAUCUUCCUUCUGCUCACACAGACUGCCUCAGCAACAGUGUCAGCAAAUGCAGCAAACAAACUCCUAUCUGUACAGAAGGAAUGAGAAGCGAGAACACUGGAAUAGAAAAAAACACAGCAAGGACAGUUUUGCUUUUCUACGGAUACUCACACUAAAAGGGAACCUUCAUUAAAGAAAAUGAAUUGUAGUGAGAUGAUAUAAUUUGAAAGUAACGUUAUGUAUGAGGACAUCUAAACAGUAGUGUUGUUGUGGAUCACUUUGUAUGAGAAGACAGUCAAAAAAUAUGGACUAGAAUGGACAACUGAUUAGGACAGGGUAAACAGUUGAGCCAUAGAUUGGCUGUGUCUUAUUCCAAUCUGUUGUUUAGACUAUUUUGGUUAUAACAACCUACCACCAGGGUGCAGUAUUGCUUUAGUAAUGCAACAUGAGGUCUCGGGCUGCAAUUUCUCUUACACUAUAUUCCAAAACACAAGCAAAUACCUUAGUUUAUGUAUCCUGUAAGAAUCUGAUUAACUCUGUAACUGAUAUUUAAAUUAAGGUUGAGUUUUUUUUCUUUAAAAGAACGUAUUCAUUUCCAGGAACUGAGGAUAAGGUUCAUUCACUGUUCAGAGUGCCAUGCAAAAUCACUUAGCUUGCCUCACUGUCAAUCAGUCUCUUUAGAUAUUACUAUCUACAUGAUUAUAAUUAAAAAAAGAAAAAAAAAUCACAGUAUUGUUCACAAAUGAAUUUAGAGACUUCUUUCUAGAGCUAGAAAGUGUGGUCGUUCUUGUGGUAGAUGCAAUGAGACCAUCCAGCAAACCUAUGACACAGUAUUUGUAAUAAAUGGUACUGUCAUGUGGCCAUCUUUCCAUGAAUCUUCUGGGGGUGGAGCUAGCUCUUGAUUAACAAUGACAAACUAUGUUAGAUUUCAUAAACAACUCAUUUUCUGUUUCGGCUGUUUACUAGAUUCAGUCAACAUCAGUUCAUUUGCAGAACAGCUUCUGGCUAAAGCCAUACAAGUUUUUGUGAUUCAUUCUGAGGCACCAAAACCAUAGAUAGACCUGAUGUGGCUAAGGGAGGAAGCACCCGAGUUGUUAUGAACACUGGCAAAAGCAUCAGCAGAACCUAAAAUCUUGGUAUCAGUGAAGAUCCACUUGCACCAUUCCCAGAUCUGGGAGACCACUCCAAUGAUGCAUAUAUCUGACAUUGUCAGAAAUAAUAAAACCAAACAAGUGAUUAUAUCUUUCUGAUAUCAUUAUAAAGGAAUUGAUUAUAUCUAUCCGUGGACAAGGACAGAACCGUUUGUGGUGUCUGGAGUCCAGAUAUAGACUGCUAACCCAUUUCUAAAAAGCUUGUAGUUCAACAAACCUACUUGGACUACCACUGCAGCUGAUGGUCAACAAUCCUAGUAUCAUACAUUGUGGUACCAUACAUUGUGACCUGGCUUAAUCUGAUUUGGCAAGCCUAAUAAUAGCUGUCACACAUUUGUGGUGAAAAUCUGGCUAGAUUAUCUGUGAAUCUAACUUUACGCUAGAGUUGUAUAGACUGUGUGGUGUCAAGAAGUCAUUUUCUGAGCUCACCUUGAGACCAAGCAUUGUAAUGUGUGUGAGUAGGGUAAAAGAAUGACCUGGUCUUGGUAGUGACACACAGAAGCCAGUCAUCCAAGUACAGCAGUAUUCUGAUGCCCCUGGCUAUCAGGGGAGACAAGGCUGUUUGCAUACAUCUCAAAAACACCCAUGGUGCCAGGGAGAGGCUGAAGGUUAGAAGUUUAAUAUAAAUGGAAUGACUGUCCUUGGAAGGCACAACCUUAAAAAGUCAGUCUUGUGGUUAGAUGGUAUGAAUUAUGAAUCCGAUAACCUUGAAUAUGGAAAGAAAGGGACUUUAGGAACCAGUUCAAUCUACCCUGAAUUUUUCAGAACAUGAAAGUUUGCCGAUUAGACCAUUUAAUUUGAACUGACUGGUCAAACGUUUUAAGUGCACCUAUUUUCAUGAGAGAAUAAAUGUCUUGAGCCAGAGAGAAAAACUUUUUGAUGUGUGCUAUCAGUGAGGACCUGAGCUCAGAUAUGGUUUGAGGCCAGGGGUGGAACUGGUGUUUGUGUCCCUGUGACAGUGUUAUCAGUGCCUUUCACAUGCAUCUCUUUAGUGGUGGGAGCUCAUGAGAUGCGAGAAUUUUCAACAUAAAUCAUUUACAUGAAACCUUUGUGGAUGGUAGAACAUGAAACCAGGUUGGCAGAAACCUAAAAGAGCAAUGAAAAUCUGUGCUUUGUCCAAAGGAGGGUCCAGUGUUGAUUUGCACACAAUCAGUAGAGAUGACUUUUGCUCGUCACCAAGUGGCACCAUAUAUUAACUUGGUUAAAGGAGAGUUGCCCAAGGUUGGCAUAAAGUUGUGUGAAUUAGCUUCCCCACAGAUGGAUAAGUGUCUGCCAGCAGUAAAAUUAAGCAUUGUCAGUGCGUGCCACAUGUGAUGAAAUAUCAUCUUUUCUCAGUGGAGUCUCAACAUUGUAUCUGCCACCACUUGGGCUGCAUGGAUUUGAUGAGGACAUCAGUGAUGCAAUUCAUCAAUGGCAGGUAUAUGGCCUGGCCCAACCUGGAAAGAAUGAAAAGGGAAUGCUGCUUACUGGGCAACAAAUUAGGUCAGCAUUAUAGAAAUAACAAAUAAACAUCCCAAUAAACUGGUAAAUUUAGCAGUGGCAAUCUGAAGCUAGUGGGCACCACUAUUUUCCCUUCAAUAUCAAUAGAAUA